UGUAAAAUAAUGGACAACCCAGUAUCUGUUAUAAACGAUAGUAUAACUGAGAUGACCGGACUGACCUCGCCCACUAUUUGGGGACACUUCUCAUCCCAACCUACUCUUACAGAAUUAGUUCGACUGGGGAUAGCGAACGAAGAACCUGACUACAUAAUAGAUCCAGUGUAUUCAAGAUAUCAAGACCCAUCUCCUUGGAAUGAUGUAGCGACUGUGGGCCACACCAAAAUGGACCAGGCCCACACUCAAGCCCAGUUCCUGGAACAGAACGAUAUGACAAUGAUCCCACUUUCAGAACAUUCCAUUCCUCCGGAAUCUCUGGCGUAUUUGGUGGAGGAUGAUAACUCGUACCUGAGACUAGAACAGGACUUAUCUUCUGAUAGUCCAGUAGAUGUGAUUGGAGAUGACACGUUAGAUACUGUGGCGGUGUCCAUGUUUAGCAAGUUAUCCUCUGUUCCCCAGAUGUUUGGGAACUCGCAGCUUUACAAUGGGCACUCCCUUCAUUCUAUCUCACAACACUCUAACUUAAACUCUCAACACGCUCCUUGCUCUAAACCGCUCACCAGUCUGCAGCCUCAUUUCUCUAAACCCUUUCCAGUACUUCAGACCCACAUUUCCUGUUCUAAACCCAACACUUUGCCUGCCUUGCAACCCCACCUGCCCUGCUCCAAACAAAGCACCGUAGUUAAUCUCCAGCAGACACUUCUUUCAUGCUCCAAGACCAACUCUCCUAAUUAUCUCGCCGAUCAAGAACUGGUAGCGGGACGUACUGUAUUCCCUCAUUUGCAGUCUCACGUGACGUCACGAGAUUCUCUGCUAACGUCACGUGAUGCAGUGAUCACCUCGCAGGGACAGAGAAAUGCAUUUCCACAGUUGCAGUCUAUAUCAGAUCACAGGUUCUCGCUACAGAAACUACUAGGCUUCGGGACUCCUGAACACCAGCAAAACUUGAGAGUCCUGGCAGGAGGCCAGAGACCAGUUAUCAGCAGGUGCAUAAACCCUAACUUCAGCACUCAGAAUAACGUUUCUUUUCAAAGGAUCAGACAAGAUAUAAGACCAGUAUUGCCAGAGAAGACAGAAACGAAGAGAAAAUACGUUAAGAGAAUGUCUAAAGACGAACAGAUACAGAAAGGAAACAAUCUCUGGCAGUUCUUGAUGAGACUUCUCGGAUCCCACACGGAUAUAGCUGCGUGGACAGGUAACGACCUGGAGUUCCGUAUAGUUAACAAAGAAGAGAUAGCCAGAAGGUGGGGGAUUAUAAAGAACAGGGAGAAGAUGAACUUCGACAAGUUCUCCAGAGCACUGAGAUACUACUACAACAAGAGGAUUCUCAUCCACAAUCCUCAAUGUAGACUCACUUACUGCUUCAUGAGACGACCCACUGACCCUGUAUUUUGCGAGAUGUUGCAGUCUGCUAUGAGAACGUUACCCAACUUGCACGUGUGCGGCGCGCUCUGUAACAACUCAGCACACUCCCAUGAAAUGCAAUACGAGAAGAGGAAGAUAAGAAGAAAGUGUGUAGCCCUACCUUUAGUGUGACGUCAUGACACGUGGUGUGACGUCAUGACACGUGGUGUGACGUCAUGACACGUGGUGUGACGUCAUGACACGUGGUGUGACGUCAUGACACGUGGUGUGACGUCAUGACACGUGGUGUGACGUCAUGACACGUGGUGUGACGUCAUGAAACGUGGUGUGACGUCAUGACACAUGGUGUGACGUCAUGACACGUGGUGUGACGUCAUGACACGUGGUGUGACGUCAUGACAAGUGGUGUGACGUCAUGACACGUGGUGUGACGUCAUGACACGUGGUGUGACGUCAUGACACGUGGUGUGACGUCAUGACACGUGGUGUGACGUCAUGACACGUGGUGUGACGUCAUGACACGUGGUGUGACGUCAUGACACGUGGUGUGACGUCAUGACACGUGGUAUGACGUCAUGACACGUGGUGUGACGUCAUGACACGUGGUGUAGCCCUACCUUUACCUCUAUGAAACUAAACCUUUUCAAGUUGGAACUGUCUGAUUUGAGCAAUCAUCUUAUCAACUAAAUACUUUCUUUUCGAGUUAAAUUACUUUUUUAUAUGUUAUAAAUCCUAAAACAUUGUGUCAUGAACUAUUUAUAUUAUUGUAACAAUUUAAUACUUAGGUUUGAUAGAACUUUCUUGUUUUGAUGUAUUCUAUAGAACUUGUUUGUUUUGAUAUAUAUUCUAUAGAACUUGUUUGUUUUGAUAUAUUCUAUAGAACUUGUUUGUUUUGAUAUAUUC